UCCCCACGAGCAGGCGGGCGGCCGUGGGGAGAUGAGCAGCUGCCGCCGGAGGCGGGUCCCGAGUGCUCGGGCUCUGAGGAGGCCGCUGGCAGGGGCGGGCGGCGGCUGCGCACGGCCUUCAGCGCCGAGCAGCUCAGCACCCUGGAGAGCUCCUUCCAACGGCAGAGGUACCUGGGGGCCGCCGAGCGCCGCAAGCUGGCGGGAAGGAUGCGGCUCUCCGAAGUGCAGAUCAAGACCUGGUUUCAGAACCGCCGGAUGAAGCUCAAGCGGCAGCUGCAGGAGCUGAGGUCGGAGCCUUUCUGCAGCCCUCCCCUCCCUUACGGACCUCAGAGCAGCGUUGUGCCCUUGCCGCUCACAUACGUGGCCCGGCCACGACCUCUGCCCCUGCAAGGGGCUGCCUCUGGAGGAUUCACCUUGGCGACGCUGCCGGCACCCACUCUGGACUUUAGCAGCUCCUGCAGAGCACAGCCUGUGGGCUUUUGGGCAGCACCCUACUUUGUAGGGUACAGGGAUCCCAGAGGUUUCUUGCUGGGUGUAUGA